AUGCCCGCUGGAGGUUAUUCAAAAAGACCUGAGGUGCUGUCAUGGCAAGGACGACAAAAGAAACAAAGACAGCAAGGACGACAAGAGCAACAAGGACGACAAGAACAGCAAAGCGACAACGGCAACG